AGGGCGGGCAGCAGGCGGGGGACAAGCUGGUGGCGCUGCUAAAGCGUGCCUGGCUCCUGGGUCCCAAGCGCAUAGGGCCCAACAUCCUGCUUGCUCCGCCACCACCGCCACUACAAGCAGCGCCCCCUCCUUCACCCUCACACCCCCCACACCCCUCACCCUCACCCUCAUCGCCAACAGCCGCAGCAGCGCCCUCAGCGCUACCAGCGGCACCCUCACCCUCACCAGCACCCCCCCAGGAGAGCCUGUUCGAUGUGCCCCCCAACCUGGUUGUACGAGCGGCCAAGGUGACCAGCAAGGCAGCGGCCCCGGGGGCGCCAGGAGGCAUGGCGGCGGCGGCCGCAGCCGCUGCAGCAGCCGCCACGGCGGACGUACGUCCCUCCGACGACGGCGCUGACGGCGGCAGCGGCGGUGACGCAACGGCGAACACUGCUGCGGCCGCCUCGGCUCGCCUCGAUCUGCGACUUGGUCGGCCGGAAGCCGCACUCGCACUGGGGUUGAUAACCCAGGAGGAGGCUGCGUUGUACGAACGGUACGACAGCGCUGCUAGCGGCGGUACGACUGGCGAGGGAGCCGCAGACGUCAACGGCGGCGCCCUGAGUCUUCUUCCUUGCUCCUCCUCCACAACCUUGCCGUCCGCUUCCGCAUCCUCCUCGCUUCCCGACUCGCUGCGUCACGUGGUUGCCUCGGUGGAGUCGGGUGUGGUGGCUGGGUUCCAGAUCGCGGCCAGCUCGGGUCCGCUGUGUGAGGAGCCGCUGUGGGGGGUGGCGUUCGAGCUGGAGGUGCGGCUGGUGCUGGCGGCGGGAGGAGGAGCAGCGGGGGCGGCUGGGGGAGCAGGGAGCAGCAGUGCAGGGGAGGCGAGCACCGCGGCGUCCGAAGGACAACAG